AUGGGCGCACUAUCCAGCCAGCCCCGUCGCUCGAGCUUGGCGGUCGUCCCGAACCACGAGAGCGCUGCUGGCAUCGCGUCGGCGCUGCGUUUGAUCUGGAUGGCGAUGCAGGAUCAGAUGCACGGGCACCGCGCGCAGCUGAAGACAGCGCUCCGCGACGAGGCAUCUAAGGUGCGGGCGCUGAGCCAGGUGAUGGAGCGAACUCUUCGCGGAGGUGCGCCCGUCCAGCUGGGCUUCUCCGAUCUGGAGGAGUGGUUGGCAUCGAGUGACCCCUGCCGUUCGCGUUUUGCCAGGGGCAUGCGAGGCCUCGGCGACAUGCUCGGCGACCGCUGCGCGCGCGGCGCAGAUUCCUUCCGCACUCGCCAGCCUCGCUUCGGCGACGUCGCGCCCAUGACGGAGUGGUUCCCCUACGCGAUGCAUCAGCUGAAGAACUCCGCGCCCCAGAAGUUCCUUAGCGGGGGCAUCGCCUACGCCGGCCAGGGAGGUCUCAUCCGGGUCAUCGGCGCGCCCGAUGACGACGACCCCAGCGACCUCGUGCACCUGUCGGUUCCGUUGGGCGCGCCCUUGAUUGUCCGCGACCGCACGGCGCCGGCGGUCGAAGAGGGCGCCCUCGAAGCCACGGCGGAGGAGAUUCUGGACAUCACUGGCGGCAACAAAGGGCCGCUCUUCGUGCGCGCAGCGCACUUCGGCGAAUUUCACAUGCGCGCGUCCGUGGUGGGCGAGGUGCCGUCGCCGGCCUGCCGCGCGCUGCUCCCGGCCCACUGCGGCGCGGCCGACCCGGGGCCCGACGGCGCCAACCACCUGUCGGGGCUGACGGCGGGCGCCGCGGCGGCGGUCGCGCAGAAACUCGGUGAGAGCUUGACGGCCGACCAGACGUCCCUCGUAGAGUGCACGGUGGCCUCCAAGC